CAGCAGGCCUUUCCACACACACACACACACACACACACUGAGACGGAAACAUACACACAAGCGUACACACAUACGGAGUACGGACAGCCGUUAAAGCAAAGCCACGUUUGGGAUUGUCUUAUCUCCCCGCUGCAGGAGCUGGAUGCCCCCGGACCGCAGCAGUCACCCUGAUGGGCCUUCGCCGCUAGUUUUCACUCACAUCUGGUUCGAUUUCGGCUCUGAUGUUACAAGCUGAACAGUGACCGCUGCCUGCCUGAGGACACCUGCUCCCUAAUUCCCUUCACCAUGUCUGGGAUCCACACACCGUGGUCGACUGGCACAGAGUGUGUAGCAAAAUACAACUUCCAGACUGCCAACGAACAGGACCUGCCCUUCUGUAAAGGAGAUCUCCUGACCAUCAUUGGAGUCACCAGGGAUCCCAACUGGUACAGAGCGAGAAGCGCAGUGGGCAGAGAGGGCACUAUCCCAGCUAACUAUGUCCAGAAAAGGGAAGGAGUCAAGUCUGGAGGGAAACUUAGUCUUAUGCCCUGGUUCCAUGGGAAGAUAACUCGAGAGCAGGCCGAGCGGCUCCUCUAUCCUCCGGAGACGGGCUUGUAUUUGGUGAGGGAGAGCACCAACUACCCCGGCGACUACACCUUGUGCGUGAGCUGCGACGGUAAGGUGGAGCACUACCGGAUCAUCUACCACAAUGGCAAGCUGACCAUCGACGAGGAGGAGUACUUUGAGAACCUCAUGCAGCUGGUGGAGCAUUACACCAAAGACCCCGACGGCCUUUGCACCAGGCUGAUCAAACCCAAACUGAUGGAGGGAACAGUGGCAGCGCAGGAUGAGUUCUCCAGGAGCGGCUGGGCCUUGAACAGAAAGGAGCUGAAAUUGAUCCAGACCAUUGGCAAAGGGGAGUUUGGAGAUGUGAUGGUUGGAGACUACAGAGGGACCAAGGUGGCAGUCAAGUGCAUCAAAAACGAUGCCACUGCGCAGGCUUUCAUCGCCGAGGCCUCCGUCAUGACGCAACUGAGGCACAACAACCUGGUGCAGUUGUUAGGGGUCAUUGUUGAGGAGAGAGGCAGUCUCUACAUCGUCACAGAGUACAUGGCCAAGGGCAGCCUAGUGGACUACCUGCGCUCUCGAGGACGGACCGUGCUCGGCGGAGACUGUUUACUCAAGUUCUCCCUUGACGUGUGUGAAGCCAUGGAGUACCUGGAGGCCAACAACUUUGUCCACAGAGACCUGGCGGCUCGAAACGUGCUGGUGUCCGACGACAACAUCGCCAAAGUCAGCGACUUCGGCCUCACCAAGGAGGCUUCCUCCAUACAGGACACUGCCAAGCUGCCCGUCAAGUGGACCUCACCGGAAGCAUUAAGAGAGAAGCGGUUUUCCACCAAGUCGGACGUCUGGAGUUACGGGAUCCUACUUUGGGAAAUCUACUCCUUUGGGCGCGUGCCUUACCCUAGAAUUCCGCUGAAAGAGGUCGUGCCUCGGGUAGAGAAGGGCUACAAGAUGGACGCCCCAGACGGCUGCCCGCCCGUGGUGUACGACCUGAUGAAGCAGUGCUGGACCCUGGACGCCGUGGUGCGGCCCUCCUUCCGCAUGCUGAGGGAGAAGCUGCAGCAUAUCAGAGCCAAGGAGCUGUACCUGUGAAGAGGAGGCGUGGGAAGGGAGCAGGGGGGGCAUAGGAGGAGAGGAGGGUCGGGCCAGAUGCAGCCGAACACAGCUGUAAAGAAGGAGGAGGAGGAGGAGAAGAGGGACCAUGGCACCUUCCUCCUGCCUGCCAAGCCUGUUGAGCUGUGGGACAGCCAUGCUGUGCUCCCCUUCCCCAACUACAGAUGUCCACUAGCCUUGUCUGCUUCCUUACAAGGACGGUUUUCCUGUUUGUGUUGUAUAGCUUUUGCCAGACAGUUUCCUCUUCUCUUGAUGGGCCACUGAUCUUCCUUCCCUCUAUUCCUUCUGCUGCUCUCUCUCAUUCGCACACACACACACACUCUCUCUGUCUCUUCUUCUCUUGGUCCAAGUUUCUCUUCUUCCUCUACCUGAAAGAUUCUUUCUUAUGUUUUCCUUCCCUCCUCCUCCUCCACCCCCUCCUCCUCCUCUCCUGAACAUGGCAUUAACUGGAGGGGAGGCUGGCCUUUUCCUCCAUGUUCGUCAGGUGCUCUUUCUUCUUCCCCCUCACACCUCCUUCAUUCCUAGUUUUCUGUGUCACCGCGUGACCGUGCAUGUGUUUCAGCCCAACUCUGUCAUUCCAUCCCUCGUUUCAUCUCUCCCUUCCCUCGGCGUGGUGUCAGGUGUGGGGCCUUCGCUCUGUGCCAAAGUGCCUCCAGUCUACAGACCUCCAGACGUCCCUUCAGCACUUCUUUCAAUCGGACUGUUGUGGUUUGCUUUUUAAUUCCUUUUUUUAAGAACAUCUUUUUUUAAUGCUUUCUUUUUUUGUGGGGAGGUUAUCAAAUAAUUUUUAGUACCGUCUCCCCUACCUCCGACAUGUCCCCAUCAGACUGUUUGUAUUUUCUUUUUCCAAAUGUCCCCCAAAAAAAGAGAGAGAGGGACCAGGAAGAGAGAGAGCAUCGUGUUUGUUCUCCAACCAAGACGGCCCCGAGGAGCAGUGGACGGGGAGGGGAAGGCAGUUCACAAACAUGGUCGAUUCAUCAUAUGUGGGCUUGUUUUUUUUAUAUCGAAAUAUAUUUAAAGGAUUAACAACAAAAAAAAAGAACCAGGAAAAAACUGACUGCGGCAGAGACAAAGAAAGUGGACUCUCAGGAGCCAGGAGUCUCCUGGUGACAGGACUGUUCAGUGUCUCUGUGAAUGCUGGGGUCAGGGUGGUGCAUGCUGUGUGUGAGAGGCCUUGGGUUCAACUGUCAGUGCUUUCAAUGUUAAUUGUUUUAUUAUGCUAUCAUGAUUAUGAAUAAAUCAUUCCAUCUGAA